ACAAGCGUUUUUUUGAAUGCGUAAAUAUCAAGGCGGAAAUGAUGUUCCUAGAAUAAAUACAGCUUUCCAGUAGAUAAAAAUUCCUAAUACUGGGAAGAUAGGCCGAAGUUUGUUUUUUACAGCAAAGUCAGGAAAAUGAUCUUACAGUUCUGUUUCUUUGAGUGUCUUAUGUUAGUACAUGUAUUAUCAGUUACAUACCCGCCAACAUUUGUCGAAAUGCCACCGGGCGACAAAGUUUUCAUACCUGGUGAAGCUAUUCGUCUUCCAUGUGUUGCAAAAGGUUCUCCUUCACCUAAAUAUUUUUGGUACAAGAACGGACAAUAUUUUAAUUGGGCGGCCAACACUGGGAGAUAUACAAAGUGGCCAGAUCAUGGCACACUCGUGAUUGCCAGACCAGGAACUGAUGAUGAUGGGAUGUACCAGUGCGUUGCAAAAAAUCAGUUUGGAACCGCACUUUCCAUUAUUGUUAAUGUUAAAAGAGCAGAACUUGGGGAUUUCGAGCUAACGAAAGAACAAAAAGUACGUGCAUCUCUGGGCCAGUCAGUCAGACUUCCUUGUCAAGUUCCAGUUGGUUAUCCACCUCCUGUAGUUACGUGGCAAACCAAGAAAAAUGCUCAAAUUCAUUAUUUGAAAGAGACAAAUCGAAGAGCAACUGAUAUUAAUGGUUAUCUUUACAUUGCUACUGUAAUUCCGGAAGAUGAUGACACUCUGUAUACAUGUGUAGCAAAUAAUGAAGUAUUACGUAUUCAAAAGAGUGGUCCAUCAUUUCGUCUUUCUGUUCAUGGACAACAGUCUACAUAUAGUCUACAUACAGAAUACAGGUCUCCAAGAACAGAGGAUGCUGCAGUUGGUGAUAUAGUUCAGCUGCGAUGUAUUUAUAGUGGUUAUCCUGAACCUCAAUAUACUUGGUUCAAAGAUGAAAGUGAAAAAAUUACUCUGCCGAAUGUAAAGAUUAGGAAUAUGGGAACAAUGUUGGAAAUCAAUCCUGUAACUAUUGAAUCUGCUGGUGAAUACAGAUGUCAAGGGAUAAAUGAAGUGACAAAAAAUACGGUGAAUAAUCAAUUUACAGUCUAUGUCCGGGUUCGUCCGAAAUUUAUAGAGAAACCUGAAGAUAUUACUGUACCAGUGAAUGGAUCAGUAACAUUUCGAUGUACAGCAACAGGAGAUCCACCGCCUAAAAUACGUUGGACUAUAAAUGGUGAAGAUCCAUCUAGUUAUUUAGAUGGUGUACGUAAAGUUUUGCAUGGAAAUACUAUGCAAUUAAGUAAUUUAACCAUUAAAGACAGUGCAGUUAUUCAAUGUAAUGCAUCCAAUAAAUUUGGUUAUGCUUUUACAAAUGCUUAUGUAAAUGUUAUGCGUGAAGCGCCGUAUUUUAUGAAACCGCCAGACUCAGUUGUACGUGCAGUAGAUGGAAAUCAAGUCACACUAUAUUGUCAGACAUUUUCAGCGCCCAAAGCGAUUAUAUCAUGGACUAAAGAUAGACGACCAAUUAAUGGUGGUCGAUAUAAAAUAUUAACAUCAGGAGAUUUAUUUAUUGAAUCUGUGGCAAUUACUGAUUCUGGUGUUUAUGAAUGUACAGCGACAAAUCCAUUUGGAAGUAAAAAGGCUUCAGGAAAAUUGUUAGUUAGGCGCAAAACGAGAAUUGUUCUUGCUCCGAUCAACACAAAAGUAUAUGAAAAUGAUGUUGUUAAAUUUGUUUGUACAGCUGAAACAGAUCCAGCUGAAGUAUCUAAUCUUAAAAUUACUUGGUACAAAGAUGAUAAUUAUAUUGAUCCAAAUUUAACACCUCGAAUUCAACAAGUCUGGUUUGAUUAUGCAUUAGUUUUAAGUGGUGCUCAACCUCGUGACACUGGACAGUAUCGUUGUAAUGCUAGUAAUGGCUUAGAUUUUGAUACAGCUACUGCUCCACUACUUGUUCAAGGUCGUCCAGAACAAGCAAUUAAUGUGCAAGUUAAUUGCGUUGAUUUUAUUAAUGAGGAAUUAGCUCUAAUAACGUGGUAUCCAGGAUCUGAUAAUUAUGCUCCUAUUAUGGAGUAUAUAGUUGAAUAUUCCACUCAAUUUGAACGUGACACCUGGUAUCCAGCUGAAAUCUUCAACUUAACUGGAUUAGUUCAAAGUACUUCAGUUAAGGUUGUAUUAAGACCAAAUAUUCAAUAUCAAUUUCGUGUUCGAACAAGAAAUCGUGUUGGUGUUUCUCUACCUAGUCAACCAACUACAAAAACAUGCGGUAUCCCUGGAAGGGUACCAUCAGUUAAUCCUAGAGAACUUUAUGUAUUUGGAACAAUAGGCAAUAAUCUAGUGAUCAGAUGGACAACACUACCAUUCAUAGAACAUAAUGGCAAUAAUUUAGGUUAUAUUCUUACUGUCCAGUGUUUGGAUUGUGCCUCUGUACAAUCGAGUGCUGUGAAUACAACAGUAAUCGGUGAUUGGAGAACUGAUCGUAUUGUGUAUACAUCAUUCAAAGCUGGUGUUGUUGUUGCUGAAAUUGAAUCUUAUAAAUUAUUUCGAGUUUCAAUACAAAGUCGCAAUGAAAAAGGUGUCAGUACUCAGGCUCCUACUGUGGCUUUAGGUUAUUCCAGCGAAGCUAUGCCAACAGUUUCACCACCGGCGCCUGUUAUUAUCAAUACAACUAUUGAAGGUGUUAACUUACAAUUGAAAAUAAUCGAAGCUAAUGAAGCAGCUGAUAUUAAAGGUUUUUUUAGAGGUUAUCGAAUUGAAUGGUGUGAUGCAAGUUUAGAUGUUACGGAAUGUGAUGCAAAAAAACAAUUUAAAGAUGUAAUAUUUCGUGUACCUAAUACUCCAGUUCUAUACACCAAUCGUCGACGAAGAUCUGUAAAUAUAGUUGAGAAUUCUUUAAAUCAUGAAAGUACAACUGAAGGUGAUAUAUUUCAUGCCUAUGAAUCAGUAUUGGAACGUUAUCUUCCUGCUUCUAGAAAAAAUUAUUAUAAAUGGCUUAUGCAUUCCGCAGUACCAGAUACUCCAAAUCCUAUUUGUGAAAGUACUCCUAAAAGGAAUAUUUCAUGUCCAGGAGCUGGUUUGUUCCCUCGAGCUGCUCAGUCGCCGUCUAUUCUUGGAGAGGCUUACAGUAUGCUACUUGCUCGAAGACCACGUCAAUCUUUUCUUCCAGUCAUUUCAUCAGAUGACCAAUCAAUAGAGUCAGAAUUUACUUGGGGUAUGAAUAUAACUUACUUGCUUACUGGAGUUCCUGGUGCAACAAAUAUUAAAUUGUGGAUGCGGGUUCUAACUAACAAAUACGCCGGUCCAGCAAGUCCUAUUGUAGAAUUGAUGACAUCAGGUGGUUUUUCUGGUCCGAUAGCAAAUUUAAAAGCCGAUGUAAUCAGUGUUAAUUACAUUGAUGUAUCAUGGUCGAUACCGACUGAACUAAAUGGAUAUAUAAUCGGUUAUGAACUUGAAGCUAUGGAGUUAAAUAGUUUGGAUGUUGGUUAUGGAUUUCGAUAUCCUCAACUCACAGAUAACUCUUCAACAUCUUAUCGAAUGGCACGAUUGAAAGGAAAUACAACAUACCGUAUAACAAUAUGGCCAAUUACAGAAGCUGGUCUUGGAGUUGAAAACUUUAUUGACAUUCAUACUGCACCAACUGAUCAAGCUCCUAGUCCACCGACAUUUGUUAUUACUCAUGUGACUGAAACUGGAUUCACUAUUAUUUAUGAACCUAGUCAUGUUGGUCUACCAGGUACUGUAUUUUUUGUUCAAUAUCGUCAACCUGGUAUUGUUCAUUGGUUAGAAUCAGUUCGUACAUUUAUGAACCGAACAAUAACUGUUGAUGGAUUAAUGUCAGAUACAACAUACACAGUACGAAUGGUUGCUACUAAUGGUGAUGUUUUGUCUACAGCAAGUGAAGACAGAGUGAUUCAUACACUGGGCGGUCCGAGUCCAGGUAGCUUAGCUGGAGACAGUGGAAUAUGGUUUAUCAUUGUUUGUACGUUGCUACUUUUCUUCAUUGCACUACUCAUUUUGUUAAUAUUAAUAAGAAAAAGACGACUUCAAGUUGUACAAAAGAAGGCAAAUGAACCUUUAAUGGAAUCACAUCAAUCCUUAAUGAGCCCUGAAUAUGCUCAACCGGAAGAUCCUGACGCUCAAUUUAUCUAUCAUCUUCCAGGACACAACUAUCAAGCUUAUUCAGAAUCAAGGCAUUCGUUAGGUGAUCCACUGUCACGACCCACUAAUGACGAUAUGGAUGGAGAUGAAAGUGAAGAUCAGUGGUCUCCUAGUGAGUCAGAAACAAUCCGAAAUCGCAGAAUACAAAAUCAAGUGACUGAUAAUUUCAAAUCCGAAUCUGAAAGAUCGCCUGGACCAAGUGAUAGUGAAAUAGGUCAAGAUAAUUAUACUAGAUCACGAAAUAUCCCACAAAUCGCAACACGCAGUAAUCGACUAUCUUCGUCACGAAAUCGUAAUACAAUUCGUGACAUGAAUUCUUCUCACUCCUACAUCGCAGACGAUCCUACAAUAAUCUAG